UUGUCUUUUUAGACUCAAACAAAAUCCACAUGUUCAGGAGAGGCUAGUCGAGGAGCUCAAGACUUGUGGAAUAACAUCAGCAAUUAAUGAUAAAUCAUUGACUACUGCAAUGCUCUCAGAGUGCGAUUAUCUUACAUAUGUAAUAAAGGAGGUUUUAAGAAUGGAUCCCCCUUCAGUCUACUCUUCACCCUAUAUGACUUAUGAAGAAGUUGAGAUUUGUGGAAUAAAAAUUCCUUCAAAGACUAAGAUGGCUAUCAAUUUUGCUGGAUGCCACUAUAAUUCAGACCAAUGGCAUGAGCCUACUAAGUUUAUCCCAGAGAGAUUCGACCCCACCAGUGAAUAUUUCCUAAAGCCCGGAACAGAUGAUGUCAGAGAUCCAUUAGCAUUCAUCCCUUUCUCUACAGGAAAGAGAUCUUGUCCUGGCAUGCCAUUUGCAUUAACAGAGAUUAAGGUGUACCUCUCCUUUCUAAUCUCUAAGUUUGAUUACUCUAUCGAGCCAGAAAUGUUUAGUAACCCAAAUGUGAGAUUUGAACAAGAUUCUGGCUUCGAGCUUGACAUAAAGAUCACAAAGAAGCAUUAA